CCACCUUGCCACCGGAGGGUACCCUCCUGUACCACCCUGCCACCGGAGGAUACCCUCCUGUACCACCCUGCCACUGGAGGGUACCAUCCUGUACCACCCUGCCACCGGAGGUUACCCUCCUGUACCACCCUGCCACCGGAGGGUACCCUCCUGUACCACCUUGCCACUGGAGGGUACCCUCCUGUACCACCCUGCCACCAGAGGAUACCCUCCUGUACCACCCUGCCACUGGAGGGUACCCUCCAGUACCACCCUGCCACCGGAGGGUACCCUCCAGUACCACCCUGCCACCGGAGGGUACCCUCCUGUACCACCUUGCCACCUUCUUGUGGGGGCUUGUAG